AUGACAGACAAUGGACGAGGAACAUGGGGAAGUGAACUUCAAUUCCUAUUAACAUCUGUUGGAUAUGCUGUUGGACUAGGAAACUUAUGGAGGUUCCCCAGUAUAGCAUAUGAGAAUGGAGGAGGAGCUUUCUUGAUUCCAUAUCUAUGCUGUUCGAUAGUCAUUGGACUACCACUUCUCUAUAUGGAGUUUUUUGUUGGACAAUUCACUCAGAAUGGUCCAUCUGUAGCCUUCAGAAACUAUUUUCCAGCUUUACAAGGAAUUGGAUGGACGAGCACACUAUGCUCAUUCAUGAUUGGCAUUUAUUAUAAUGUUAUAAUAGUAUAUUGUGUAUUAUAUCUUAUAGAUAUCUUAUUUAAUGAUGUAAGCAAUUGGACAUCUUGUGGAAAUGCUUGGAACACAAAUGAAUGUAUGCUUCUGAAUGACACAUCUGCGAAUGGCACACUAGCUGCUGAUGAAUUCUAUUUACAUAAAGUAUUGAAAAUAUCUGAUUCCAUCAAUGAUCUCGGCACAUUGAAUGUCCCUGUGCUAGUUGUCUUAGUAGUCAUCUGGAUCUUCACAGCUCUCUGUCUAGUUAAAGGAGUUAAGUAUAUUGGAAAGAUGGCUUACGUCACAGCUACCAUGCCUUAUCUAAUCAUAGGAUUUUUCUUCAUUAUGGUACUUCAAUUGGACGGAGCUUCAAGUGGAUUGAAAUAUUUCCUUUUCCAACCGAAAUUCGAAAAAUUGUUGGAAUUUAAUACUUGGAUUGCUGCUGCCAACCAACUAUGCUUCUCCUUAAGCAUAGGCUUUGGCGGACUACUGUCAUUAUCGUCCUUCAAUGCACGAAAACAUAACUGCUUCAAGGAUGCUCUCGUUAUUGUAUUCUGUGAUGGAUUCAUGAGUAUCUUCGGAGGAUGUGUAAUCUUUGCUAUUCUUGGAUUUCUAUCGCAUGAAGUCGGACGACCAAUAGAUCAUCUCAUUCAAUCACAAGGAGGAAUUGCUUUCGUUGCUUAUCCAGAAGCCUUUGCUCGAAUGGGAUACUCUUCUGCAUUGAACUUCCUACUGUUUUUCAUGUUCUUCUUGUUAGGCAUCAGCAGUCAGUUCGGAACUAUGCAACCUAUGCUUACAUCCAUGAUAGAUCAGUUCCCAGUUUUAAGGAAGCAGACAGAAGCUGUGGCGAUCAGUGCUUGUUUCAUCUCUUUCAUCGUGGGCUUAUCCAUGUGUUGGGGAAAUGGAAAUUACUGGCUGAACUUAUACAACAACUGGAUGGGAGCCAACACUGUCUUCAUUGCCUGUUUCUUAGAAAUAAUGAUUAUCAUCCAUAUAUACGGUAUUCAUAACUUCCGGUCAGAUAUCGAAGAGUGUUUGGGAGGUUCAGAAGGGCGAUUCCAAAAAAUAUUUGGGAAAUCAGGAGUCUACUUCACUCUGUGCUGGACCAUUCUUGCCCCAGUCCUCAUCUUUGUUCUUAUAGUCACGACGUUUAUCAACCAAGCUCAAGCUCCAGUUGACGGACCUUAUUGGACAAGAGUUGUUGGUUAUAUACUGGAGUAUUGUCCUCUGAUAUUCAUUCCCAUAUUUGCUUUCAUCAAUAUAAGAGAUGCUGCCAAAUCUGAGCAAGGAUGGAAGUCAGCUUUUCGAAUUCAGCCUUCAUUAUUUUCUUUUAAAAAGGUUAAUAAGACAUUAGAUAAGAUUUAUCCCGAAGAUCAUCCGACUAUCAUAGCUCAGGUAUCAGCUCCGUGA